AAUUAAUUUGAAUAAUAAUUGAAUUGGAAAAAAGUGGGGCAAAAUGGGGAAAGAAUGCAGCUGAGUAGCGCGAUGCCAGGUUGUGUUGUGUGGUAUCAUCACAGCGAAGCACGCCUCCACUACUAAACUUUCCUCACUUUCUCUCUCUCUCUGUGAGUUGUGGAAAUUGAUUAGAAUUGAAAAUAAUGUCUGGUUCGGAGGACGAGGGAGGAGAAGAGUACCUCUUCAAGAUCGUCAUAAUCGGAGACUCCGCGGUGGGGAAAUCGAACCUGCUGUCCCGCUACGCCCGGAACGAGUUCAACAUGCACUCCAAGGCCACCAUAGGCGUCGAGUUCCAGACUCAGUGCUUGGAAAUCGACUCCAAGGAAGUCAAGGCUCAGAUUUGGGACACCGCCGGCCAAGAGCGAUUCCGCGCCGUCACCUCCGCCUACUACCGCGGCGCUGUCGGCGCCCUCAUUGUCUACGACAUCUCCCGCCGCACCACCUUCGAUAGCGUCGGUCGCUGGCUCGACGAGCUUAAAACUCACUGCGAUACAACGGUGGCAAUGAUGCUAGUGGGGAACAAAUGUGACUUGGAGAAUAUAAGGGCGGUGAGCAUUGACGAGGGGAAAAGCCUUGCGGAAGCGGAAGGUUUGUUUUUCAUGGAAACGUCAGCGUUGGACUCGACAAACGUGAAGAUGGCAUUUGAGAUGGUAAUUCGAGAGAUAUACAACAACGUGAGCAGGAAGGUUCUCAACUCCGAAACAUACAAGGCAGAGUUAUCUGUCAACAGGGUCAGCCUCGUCAACAAUGGUGCUGCUACAUCUAAGCAAAAUCAAACCUACUUUUCUUGUUGUUCCAGAUGACCUAUAACUACCAUACGAAACAAGUUGCUUUGUCACUUCUAUUCCCUUUUUGUUGCUUUGCUUUAUUAAUUAAAUGGUUCCUUCAAAACUUGUUGAUCAGUUACAACUAUAUAGUAAAUCAAAAUGUUGUCUUCAAUUUUAUUUUAAGAAAACGGGUAUAGUUUUAUAAUGGGGGUACAAAGAGCUUGUAAUUGCAUUGCAGCAAUUGAAAUCGGACAUCCAUUUAUGUCUCUGUGAUUGUUAGUUUCCU